AUGACAAAAUUUAGCGAUCUCGGGUAUUUUUUCGACGAUCAGGGGGUUUUGCGCACUGAAAAGGACAACGAGCCGUUCAAAUUCACCACUCAAGAAGCCUAUGAGGAGCUUGGCGAAGCAGUCGACGAGGAGAUUUUCAGGCUUUUAGAAGACAAAUGUGGCCUGGACAAGAAGGCGUAUUCCCGAACACCUGAGGAGCAUGCUGAUACCGCGUGGAAGACAUGGGUUAAGCCAUCGAAAGCCAAGGAAAUCUACGUUGUCGCACACAGUCGUGGUGGUUAUGAUAUGACGACGGUGCUCAAAAAGCACGGCGACGACGACCGCAUCUCCAAAAUCUGCCUAACCGACUCGCCGUGGUUCCAGAUCCCGAAGACGUGCGAGCGGCGCACCGCACCGCUUUACGUCGUCAAUUUCUUGGCAAACGGGAGCCUGGAAAAGUACAAAAUUGGCGAGUAUCGAGCGGGAAAAGUCCAAAAUCUGUUCGCCGGAACGAAGAUCCACGAGUGGUCAAGCCAUUUUUCGAUCGACGCGUGUUUUAAGAUUUUCGAGGAGGAGUUCGACGAGGCAAAAUUCGCGGAAAUUCUGGAAUCCGCGAAAUUCCUGGUCUUGCCGAGAGAGGAGAGAGUGCAGAGAAACGAGACGGACGAUGAGGAGGAGGAGGAGCCAAAGGAGAAGAAAAUUUGUGUCUAA